CCCACCACUAAACAAUUGGAGGCUCGACUGUCUACAAAUAUCAAAUUUUUCCAAAAUGCACUCAAGACCCCAGCACUCAGCCCCAAACAUACUUUGGAUCUGAAAGCACUAUUGUGGUGGUUCCAGUUCAAGCGCUUCAUCCUUCAGUACAGACAAUGUGCUCAUGAUGUGGAUGCGGACGGCAAAAAUCAGAAAUUUAUGAAGAGUUAUGUCGAAAUGGAGAACCCGAAUGCGUUUUUGACUUCAAGUAUAAGCCUAUAUUGAUUCUGCUCAGUUCAUUAUGAAGCUCUUGAGAUUCAUCGGACCAAAGAAGGGUCAAAGAGAUGCAUGGUUCAAGAACGGGGAAGUAUACCCGUUGAAAGAUCAAACCCGCCUUGGAAAAUUUAUCGAUCACGUCGUUCGUACCUUUUCAACAGCAUCUUCCCCCGAGAAGCCGACUUCGUUCAAGACACUGCUGCAUAUGGCCAGCCCAUUUGGCUGGAACUUUCCAGAGGCUCAAUAUGUUCUUGGACUCUACUUACAUUCCAUUGAAGAAUGGAAAAUGGCUGGUUAUUUCAUAUCACUAGCAUCGGACGCUGGAAUCAAAAGUGCAAAGUGGAUGUGUCACUUAAUCCAACGUCGGUCAGCGUAUUCAAAAACAUACGGUCUCGAGCUCUCGGCGAAUCAAAGUACAUCUCUCCUCGCUUCGUCAUUGAACUUGAUUGGCGAUGUACCGGUCAGUCUUCUGGAUUAUCUGAGGAAGGUACAGGUGAUCGGUAAUGCCAUUAUCGCUCUGAAGGAUGCCGAGCGCAAUUAUUGCCAUGUCGAAACCCCGGCUACACGUCCAAAACGCGAAGUGUACGAUCUCGAUUUUCGAAGCAUUUAUCAGAGAAUCGAUCCCACCAAGCUCGAGGAAGUUUUGCAUAACAAAAAUUUCAUACCAUCGAUCAAAGAUAUGAAGUUGAUAAAUAAGAUCAGAGUAGUUGCGCUGAAUUUACACAGUCUUCUUGAAGAAAUCAAACCUCUUGCCCAAGAGCUCCGCUGCAAAUUGCAAGUAGAUCGGAGCAACUUCAAACAUGCGGAAAUCACUCUUCGUAUCAAGAGGCUGGAUGAAAUCUUGGGCUCCCCAGAACAGAGCUCCACAACAGACCAACAAAAUCAAUCCAUAUUUGCGCUGCUCAAACAAAAGAAUCAUCGCGGUUUUCCUUAGCAACAGCGACACGGGUCUGCUGAUCCAUAGGACCAGUGUGCAAACUAUGUGAUCGUUUCCCGUCUCGGUUGGCAAUUGUUUUGUUUCAUUGGUUUGGCAAGCA